ACUUUGGUUGUGAUCAACUUGGCCCCAAACCAGGCCUCUCAAAAUACGUACGUCAUAAUACUAGUACACAGCAACACAGAGCAGCAGCGGCGAACAGGGGUAGCGAAGCCGAGUUGCGAGAUGGAAGAUAUAGAGGAUAUGUUGGCCGGAGCUCCGGCAGGUUUCCGGCUACCAAUAUCAGCUUCCGUGGGCGUCAAUCCCAAGAAAAAGAUUAAACAGCCUUCUUCCUUUCAACACUUUCUCACUCCACUUCCCUCUCCUAAAAUCCCUGGCACUCAGGUAAUUUAUAUCAAGACUUUCGGAUGUUCUCAUAAUCAGAGUGACAGUGAGUACAUGGCAGGUCAGCUCUCGUCGUUUGGAUACGCUUUAAGUGACAAUGCGGAUGAGGCGGACCUUUGGUUGAUUAAUACGUGCACAGUUAAGUCACCGAGCCAGUCUGCCAUGGACACUCUAAUAUCAAGAUGUAAAACCGCUAAAAAGCCCCUCGUUGUGGCAGGAUGUGUGCCUCAAGGAAGUCGAGAUAUAAAAGAGUUGGAAGGAGUUAGUAUAGUUGGAGUGCAACAGAUUGAUCGUGUGGUAGAAGUGGUAGAGGAGACACUGAAAGGUCAUGAAGUCAGGCUGUUGAAUCGUAAGACCCUACCGGCACUUGAUUUACCGAAGGUUAGGAAAAACAAGUUUGUUGAGAUCCUUCCAAUCAAUGUUGGCUGUUUAGGUGCUUGCACUUAUUGCAAAACUAAGCAUGCUCGUGGUCAUCUAGGAAGCUACACUGUAGACAGCCUUGUCGGACGUGUCAGAAGCGUCGUAGCUGAUGGAGUUAAAGAAAUUUGGUUAAGUAGUGAAGACACCGGAGCAUAUGGUCGUGACAUAGGAGUCAAUCUUCCCAUUCUAUUAAAUGCUAUUGUAGCAGCCCUUCCAUUGGAUGGAAGCACAAUGCUUCGCAUUGGGAUGACUAAUCCUCCUUAUAUACUUGAACAUUUGAAGGAGAUAGCAGAUGUUUUGCGUCAUCCAUGUGUGUACUCUUUUCUCCAUGUACCAGUACAAUCAGGGAGCGAUGCAAUCUUGAGUGCAAUGAACCGCGAGUAUACAGUUGGUGAUUUCAGGACUGUAGUAGAUACAUUAACUGAACUUGUUCCAGGGAUGCAAAUUGCUACUGAUAUCAUUUGUGGCUUUCCAGGUGAAACUGAUGAGGACUUUGCGCAAACUGUUAACCUUAUAAAGGACUACAAGUUUCCUCAAGUUCACAUUUCACAGUUCUAUCCUCGUCCUGGAACCCCUGCUGCAAGGAUGAAGAAAGUCCCAAGUACUUCAGUGAAGAAGCGGAGUCGAGAACUGACUUCCGUUUUUGAAUCUUUUACACCCUAUAAUGGAAUGGAAGGCAGAAUAGAGAGAAUAUGGAUUACUGAAAUAGCAACUGAUGGAAAACAUUUGGUGGGUCACACCAAGGGAUACAUGCAGGUGCUGGUUGUUGGCCCAGGAAGCAUGUUGGGGACAUCAGCAAUAAUUAGAAUUACAUCUGUAGGAAGGUGGUCAGUUUUUGGGGAAGUGAUUGAAACACUAAAUUCAACUAAAGACAAUGUGGAGUCAAAAGAGAGAAGUGACAGAAGCGAGAACUGUUGUUCCCUCUCCAAUCUAGAGGAGUCGUGUGCAUGUGCAGGGGAGUUGGAUGCUUGUGCAUGUGGACAUGAGAGCUGUGGAGGACUAAAUUUAACAGAAGAAAAUGGAGGAUCACUCUCAAAGAGUGGCUCGUGGGCAGAUGAUCGAAGUAAUUUGAAUGUCUUUGGUUGGUUGCUAAGGAAGAGGAAGAAUCAUCAAACAACAAAGUUAGAGGAUGAUUCAUUGCAACAUAUAGCAAGGCAAGAAAGUGCAGCAGGUGCGCACAUGUGGACUGCUGUUGAUAGGCUCCUUUUGGGUGGAAUAUGUGCAAGCUUUUUGACAAUUCUAGCUCUAUUUUUGUACUUUGCAUCAAAUAUCCUUUCUUCCUAAAUUUGUGCUGAAUGUAUAAUCGAGGCUCCUCAGAAGGAUAGCUUUCCAUUGUUUUUCACAGUUUUGGUGACAAUUUUUCAUUUUGAACUGAUUGUUGCAAAUUAGAUUGAUAUACUUCAAUAUAUGUACUUGAUGUAAUCAUAUCUGUAAAAUUAGUUGACCACUGCGGGAAAACACCUUCCCACUAGUAGCUAAUUGUUACAUGUUCCUUUGUCAAUUGAUUGGAACAACUCGUUAAAUGAAAAUGCUCGGUAGCAAUGCAGGGCUUUUCAGUUA